AUCCUUUGAGGAAUGGGCAAGCUCUCACUUGGCGCCCUCAUUAUAUUUGCUUGCACACCGCAUAUCAAUCCUGAAGAAGGUAGUCACAGGAACAAAGGAGGAGAGUCUCCUGGAAAAGGAAGUGGACAGGCAUAACCUUGGUGUUCCUGCUCCUGCUAUUUGUGGAGACAGAAAUCAAGAGUGGGCCGAGCCAGCGAGGCCACUCACGCCCCCUUGCGUUGGGAGUGGCUUUGGAGCCGAGGAGCCGGCAAUGUUGCCUUGACUGGGCACCGAGGAGCGCAGGCGCACAGGCAACAGAGACCUGGCGGGCUGCAGGUGUUGUCAGUGCGCAGGCGCAGCACAUUCCCGAGAAGCCGCGCGCCCCGGUGAAGCCGUAGUACGCAGGCGCGGAGCCUCCCCAGUGAGGGGACGCGUGAAAAGGCUGCACACACGGGUGCUGGUCCUAGUCGGAGCCCCAAAGGCAAGCAUUGGGUUUCCGGUUCCGGCAAUAACCAACCGCCGCAGAGGCGACAAGCUACUGUUUUGGAAGAGGUUGCGGUGGAGGAGGAAGAAGAGCAGGAGUGGAACGGGCGGGUCGCGCAAGCCGGAUCCUUCCCGUGGGUCCACGGGCCUAGAGCGGAGGAAGCUCACCACGGGCCUGGUGUCAAGCUGGCUUCUGUUCUGUCCCUGAAGCAUCUAUGGCUGAGGCCUGGCAAGACUGCCCAGCCCUGGGCCCUGGCUGGAAACGCCGAGAGGCCUUUCGAAAGUCAGGGGCCUCUUGUGGACGCUCAGACAUCUAUUAUCAGAGCCCCACAGGAGAAAAGAUCCGAAGCAAAGUUGAGCUGACUCGAUACUUGGGCCCCGCAUGCGAUCUUACCCUGUUUGACUUCAGACAAGGCAUCUUAUGCCAUCCUGUUCCCAAGACCCAUCCCUUGGCUGUCCCCAGCAAGAAGAAAAAGAAACCUUCUAAACCAGCCAAGGCUAAGAAACAUCAGGUUGGACUACAAAGAAGUGAGGUCAGGAAAGAAACUCCACGGAAGGAAAAUAAGGCUGCUAUUGCCACUGCUCCAGCUUCAUUACUUGUGUCUGCACCUGUGUCUGUACCUACAUUUGCACCUGCGUCUGUACCUGCAUCUGUACCUGCAUCUGCACUUGCAUCUGCACCUGCGUUCUGUGAGAAUUGUGGAAUCCGCUUGUCAUAUGAUGGUAUCAAAAGGCAGAGACUCAGGACAUUGUGCAAAGACUGCAGAGCACAGAGAGUUGCCUUCAACCGAGAGCAGAGACUGUUUAAGCGAGUUGGCUGUGGGGAGUGCACAGCUUGCCUGGUGAAAGAGGACUGCGGGGCAUGCUCCACCUGUUGCCUGCAGCUGCCCCACGAUGUGGCCUCAGGGCUUUUCUGCAAGUGUGAGCAGAGACGCUGCCUACGGAUUGUGGAGAAGAGCCAAGGGUGUGGUGUGUGUCGGGGUUGUCAGACCCAAGAGGACUGUGGCCAUUGCCGCAUCUGCCUUCGCUCUCCCCGCCCUGGUCUCAAGCGCCAGUGGAGGUGUUUGCAACGGCGCUGUUUUUGGCACAUUGCUCACCGCUUCCGAGGCCACCCUCAAGGAUGUCAGCAGUGCCCUCCCCACGUUGUGGUUUCCCCCACUGGUAAACGUGACUAUAGUAAGAGAGGCUCGAAGGCAGCUUCUCAGCAUCACUCCCAAGCCCCGCCACUUCCUCCACAUCCUGCAUCACAGCACCCAGAGCCCACAGAGCUGCACAUCAGCGACGUAGCACCCACAUCACCUGCUGAGUUCAUCUAUUACUGUGUAGACGAGGACGAGCUACAGCCCUACACGAACCAGCGGCAGAACCGCAAGUGUGGGGCCUGUACAGCCUGCCUACGGCGGAUGGACUGUGGCCACUGCGACUUCUGCUGCGACAAGCCCAAAUUCGGGGGCAGCAACCAGAAGCGCCAGAAGUGUCGUUGGCGCCAGUGCCUGCAGUUUGCUAUGAAGCGGCUGCUGCCCAGUCCUGGGUCAGGGUCUGAGGCGGGAGCAGGAUUGCCUCCACAGCCUCCUCAUCGAAAGAGGCCCGCGUCUGCUCGACAGCUCCAACUGAGUACUCCCUUAAAGGCCCCUUUGGCUGUGCUCACAACCCCACCAGGCCCUGUCCAAGAUUCAAGAAAGUGGCAAGCAGGUAGAGGCUCUGUACUGCCCCAGCCUAACACAGACCUUGUAGUUUUACAAGAGGGUACCAGUAGUCUCGUGCAGGUGCCUGGCACUGCUGCACCACCUACAGAAGCCCCAAUACAGGUGCCUGGCACUGCUGCACCACCUACAGAAGCCCCAGUACAGGAGGCCCAGUGCUCUGCCCUGAGUUGGGCUGUGGCCUUACCCCAGGUGAAGCAAGAGAAGGCGGAUGCCCCACAGGAGUGGACAGCAGCCACCGUCCUGACUUCUUCCACGUUGCAGUCUGGCUUCCCUAGCAAGGUGGUAGACCCAGACCUUCCACUUGUGAAACAAGAGCCUCCCGGCCCUGAGGAGCUCGGAGAAGAGAACAAAGAUUAUGUUUCUGAAUCAACCCCAGCAGAGGAGAUAGGAGGGGUUGGCACGCCAGUGAUCACGGAGAUUUUCAGCCUGGGUGGAACCCGCCUUCGGGAUGCAGAAGCCUGGUUGCCAAGGUCCAAGGACCUUAAAAAACCUGAAGCUAAAAUGCAGUAGACUGGAGGCUUCUGCUGACUGUAGGACUGAAGGUGAUAUUGCAGACCGGCUUUAUGAAAAACGGCCCUGAUUCUCCAGGGGCUGGGCCCUGGCCUGGUUGCGGAGCUUGAGUGUGAAUCCACCCUAGGAGAAAAGCCUACAAGCACAACAAGGAGCAGGCCUGCUCAGGCCUUGGACCUCAGAGGAAGCAAGCCGGAGAGGAAGAGAGGAAGAGAGGAAGAGAAAGAUAGAAGGCUGGUAGAACGUGCUCCUCCAGGACCUCAGUGCUGAGAAGCUGGAUGGUAGGGUAGGGAAGGGUAGCUGAAGCUGAGGCCUCUACAAACAGCAGCUCACACAAGCCAUCUGCAGCACCUGUCGGUGGCUUCUGGGUGACCUGGUAGUGUGUCUGAACAUUGUCUCAGGGAAAUAGCAGUUACAAUGCUGUGUGAAUAAAGGAGGGAAAGGAACAGCUGUUUGCUCAGCUCCCCUGUGGAGCCAAGAGACACUUAGCCCUCACAGUAGUCCUUAUGAGCACACUGAUAUCAUGCACUUUUGCAGGUGGGUAAUAGAUUCAGCGAGAACUCUCCCAGUAUCAAACAGCUAGUGUUGGUAGAGUCUAGAAACACACCUAGGCUAUAAAAGCUUUGUACUUUAAGCCACUAGACUGUUAACUGCAAUCUUCUGUGCAAUAAUGUAUAUUAUAAUAACAGUUUUAGUGACUUUGAAAGUAGCAUUGGGUCACUGUGAACACUGUAAGAGAGGUAUCUGUUACACCUUGCCUCUGUUGUGGAUUAGGGAGUGCCCAGGCUGUGGGUGGACAGGUCACCUUCUUGUUAGGCCCUGGAUGCUGCAUAGGCUCCCUCUGUUCCUAAAUGUGUUCUUCUUAAUGCUGGUCGACAGUUUGCUGGGCCCAGACACUCUCACUUCAGGCCGAGCAGUGCUUGGAACUAAACUGUCAGUCUGGCCCCUCUUUUGCUGGCAGCUUCUUCUUUCUCAUGACCUUUGUGCUUGUUUCCUGCCCUCAGCCCAAAGGUUUGUUAGGAGGCUGAGUCAAUUUAUGCACUGAGUCCUGCUUAAGGACCAGUCUUGGCUCAGCCUUACCUCAUUUUCCAUCCUUAAAAUGCCAAACAGUGUACAGUUUGUUACUUAGCCAGCUUUCCAGGCCAGGACUGAGUACCUCGCCAUAUGUUUGUCCUGUGUGCCCCAUGUGUUAGCUUCAUCCCAGCUCUGCUACCUUAGGGAAUGCAGUUAUGGAUCUCUCAUUAUUUCCAAUCAGAAGACAGAGCUCUGCCACCUUGUUCUCUGCCUUUGCCCUGCUUUGCCUAGUUGUGUCAGGGAAUCAUACUGCUCUUUACCCCUAGAGCGCACCACUUGUCCCUGUAGUUCUGACAGUGGUGUAUUAAGGGACAUGUGCUUGGUUGGCAUUUGACUUGUGAAUGAAGAUUCUGACUACUGUGUGUGUUUGACUAGGGGACAAUCACAAGAUCAGAACCACUGCAACAGAGGCUGGUGUUUUCGUGUUAAGGACAUUUUGGGAGAGACGUGUUACAUUAUGUAAAUUGCAGAGAUGGUUUAGCAGCCUCUAGGACUGUCGUUUAUAUAUGAUGCUGGGACCUAAAGUAUUCAGGACGGAGGAGUCAGGAAGGGUAGGUGGAUGGACCUAUGGGAGCCCAUGAACGAGAGUUGGAAUUCAAGAAGAUGGCCUGCAACCCAUGCAAUGUUUCACUGCCUCCAGCUUCAAUGAUGUUUGUAUCCUGCAGAAGAAGCUAGUGUCCUUAGGAGCAUCUGGCCUAGGACUAGAGAAGCUAAAGGAAGAUCCCAGGGAAAUUGUAGUAGCUGAAGGCCUGGCUGUGGGACUUGCUGUUUCCCCAUAGCAAGGUGAGACAGCAGACUAAUGACAGCUUGUAUGAACUACAGCAUGCCUGGCGUCCCUGCAUCAGCCUCCAAGUGUUAAGACCAGCCUGCUCUGCUUCACCUCUGCUAGCACAGGGUUUCUGUGGUGUUCUUAAUUGGAAUUACAUGGGGAAGGAGCCCAGGGAGCAUAGUCUAGUCAAGUGACAUGGUGGGAAGCCACCCUGCCAUGAUUCAGCUCCCAAGGGCUCACCACUCUCACCUGAGGAUAACAACAAAACUACAUUGCUGAAAAUGUAAAGCUGAAGACCAUGGAUUUCAUGAUGGUCCCAGCAAGUAAAAAAAUCAUGUCAAGCUCAUCCAUAACAGUCUUGCUGGUCCCAGAUGUAUUUGUGUCAUUCAUCCAAGUUUUGAAAGCUUGGCCCAUAGUUCUCACUGUAUAUAUAUAUAUAUAUAUAAUACUAAGAUUCAGAAUUACAAUUUUAUAAAGUACAUCAAUAUAUAUUAUAAGUGAUAAAAAGAUCUCCAGUUUAUUAUGGACUUUGUUGCUAAAAUAUAGAAUUGAGUAUACUGUGGAGAAGCCAGUCCUUUUUUGAAUUUUUUUUGAAAUAGUAUAGAAGUUGGAAACAACUUAAUCAUUUCUAUUUCUAAUGUGUUCUAUUGUAAAAUUAUUUUAAAACAAAUUUUCUCGUUCUACUUCUUGUUUUUUAUGUUAGUGUUUCUUUGGGGAUAUUUGGUGGUGGCAACAGUGUUGACUACUGUGAGAAAGUGGGAUAGUGGGUGGCAAGAUUGUGGGCAGUUGUGUUAUUUCCCUCAGCUUCCUUGGGUG